UAAAACUGAGGCAUUCCGGUUUUGUUGACAAAUGCAGAAAAUGUCUGUUUGGAAAGUGUGUUACCGGAUACUGCCGAGGACUGUGCAGAGCGUACAGCUUCUGAAGAUAUGUCCCCAUCAACAUGUUUCCGCUGUAUGUCUGUGUUCCUCCAGCCAUCAGCAAGACUACCUCACCAUAAAACAGGCCAGAAAAAUGCUACAAAAACUUGUAGGAGCUCAAAAGAUAUGGAAACCGCAGCAGAUAGAAGCUGCUGGCCAGCAACAAAUGUCCCUCUCACAAGAUGACCUACCAGUGCGAACAAUGAAAGACAGUUACCAAGAGGCAGUUAUCCCCCUUGGAUCAAACCCUGAUACCAGGGAGAAAUAUGUAAAUUUUUACGAUGGAAUACGUUUUGGCAGGAUUUUAGAGGACCUUGAUACAUUUGCUGUGUGGAUCAGUUACACACACACCACACAUGAUGAUGAAACGUCUGACCACAAGUCUCCCAUCGCCAUAGUGACCGCCCUGGUGGACAGGAUCGAAUUGGAGGAACAUCCUAUUAGAGCAGACAAAGAUAUUCUAAUGUCUGGUCAUGUGACCUGGGCAGGAAGUAGCUCUCUAGAGGUCACUAUGAAGCUGAAACAGGAAUACGAGGGAUCAAUGCGACAACUGCUGGAAGCCAGGUUUGUGAUGGUGUCCCGAAACCCAGUCACAAAGAAGUCAGCACCAGUGAAUAAACUUCAACCAGUUGGUCCUGAAGAGGAGAAAUUAUUCCAAUUAGGAAAAAGUAACAAGGUGAAGAGGCAGCUAGAAGGGGAGAGAACUCUACUGAAGACUGCUCCCUCAGAGGAGGAACGCGAGCUAAUACACAAUUUGUUCCUCCAGACGUUAGACUCAAGCGCUUCAAGUUUCCGAGUGCGAGUCAAACCAGACAACAGUGAGUGGAUGGAGAAAACUUUACUGAAGAAUCUGACAAUCUGCUUCCCAGAGCAAAGGAAUUUGUAUAACAAGAUUUUUGGUGGCUUUUUGAUGAGAAAGGCAUUUGAGUUAGCUUGGACAAAUGCAGCCAUGUAUUGUAAAACACGGCCAUAUGUAAAGGCAGUUGAUGAUAUUUUGUUCAUGAAACCUGUUGAAGUUGGAUCUGUUUUGUUUUUGUCUUCCCAGGUCGUGUAUACCUCUGGGUCCAUGCUACAAAUGAAGGUCCAUGCUGAGGUGGUCAAUGUGGUGGACUGUACUCGAGCCACUACCAACAACUUCUACUUCACCUUCGACACACGACAGGACCAGGAUGUUCCUGCAGUGUUACCAAGGAGUUACGCUGAAUCAAUGCUUUACCUGGAUGGAAAGAGACACUUUGGAAGCUGAUGACAUUCUGGUUGGUGAUUGUGGUAUAACUGUGAUACUUAUUGGAAAUCCAAAAUAAAAUGCCUUUACUUCACACACCACCAAAGAAUCGUAACGCCAUUUGUAUCCACAAACUGCCCUGUCCUGACAGUGAAGGCAGUGAUAAAUCUGAUAAGGAAUUUGUAAGCCAUUCUAUUUAUACAUUUAGAUAUCAUGUUUUAUUUAGAGAAUAAUUCUGUGUAGCAGUUUAACGAUGUGUAUACAUUUUAGUACUUCAUCAGUUAAUUAGUAAGAAUUUUACUCUCAGGUAAAAUCUUAGUCGUUGAGUUUUACCAUGAAACGAUCCAAAUUGACUGAAACAAUGAAAGAAAAUAUUUCAUGUUAAACAAUAACAUUUUAUUUUGAAAUAUUUGGAGCAUUAUAUGGUAUAGAUACCAUAUGUAACUGCUAGAAACCUACUUUUAUUAAGUGCAUUUAUAACAUUGUCAGCAGUAAGAAAAUGGUGGGCACUUCGGCAUAUUAUGUUGAUAAGUAUACGUAUAGCUCCAGGAAUGAAAGGUACUCUCAAGCUUUUCUAGUAAAACAAGUACCUGACCCCGGAUCCAAAUUUGAACCAUUUCUUUCCAUGGUUGUGUUUCCUUCCUAUAAGGUCUAUGGGUUGAACCCCUUUACAAAUCUGGUAUGUGUUUGUUUAUUGCUUUCUAAACAGUUGGACUAGAGUUGUUCGUUUAUGAAAUAUGGAUGGACCUAUUGAUUUGAUGUUGUUUUUCUGAUAAGCCUUGGCAAAGACCUGCAUUAACAUUUGCAGGAUUGUCAGGUUUUACUCCUGAAAUAUUGUAUUAAAAUAAUGGAUAAAGCAGUUGGUCCACACAAAUGAAAAGGCCCCUGGAGUGCAAGAUAAAUAUUUUACUGGAAUAGUCAUCAUUGAAAUUCUGUGGUCAAAUUUCAUCUCCAUUAUUAUGGGACCAGGGUGGGAUAUUUUGAAUUGGAAAAAGAAAAAUUUUGGGAGAAUGAAAACUGCAUUAUUUUGAGACUAUAAUUUACAUUUCAUGAACAAUUAUUUUUCACUGUUGUUAUAGUUUGAUGUAUGUCGAUAUUCUACGCAAAGCAACUUAUGUUAAUACUAUAUUUCUUGAAACUUUUGAUAUAUUUGUGUCUUAUGAACCCUGCUUGAUAAAUACAAUGUUUGCAGCAUUUUUGUUUCAUUUUUUUUUGAAAACCAUAAAACCAAUGUUCAAACCUUCUUUGUACUUGUGGUAGCUAUAUGCUGUAAGUUUGUUUUCAUAAUUAGAUUUAUUCUUAUAGCAUUUUUACUGCAAGCAUUUAAAAUAGGGUAAUAUUCAUCAAAUCAUUUAUGUUAAGAAAUAAUCUCUUUACUUAAAAUUGUUGAUAAACUGCAUGAAAUCUAAUUGUGUAACAUUUGAGAACUGUGAAAUAUAAGAACAGUCAUGUACAGCAUGUGUGGCUGAGUAAGUUUUUUUUCUUCCAUCCAUCCAAAAAUCACAUCUGUGCUAAAUUCAUGAUUGCACAAUAUAUGCUGACAUUUGCUGUAAAAUUACACAUUUAUUGAUGUACUGAUUUACUGUAGUACACCACUAGGAAUUAAGAUAAAACCAGCAUUUGAGAUUUCAAAACGUAACUUAGCUGAAUUUAAUUUGUAAUCAACAUUUACACAUAUGCUAAAUGCAUGUACGCUUCUAUUAUAAGGUCAAAAUAUUCUCCACAAGCUGGUAACUAUUUUGGUCUAGAGAGAGAGCAAUAUUUUUUUAAUUAUUUAAAUUCAAAUUAUGCAGAGAUACAUGUGUAUUUACACUUUCGCAAAACUUUGAAUAUUUUUAUACCUCAAGUUACAAAUGUAAAGCAUUUCCAAAAGCACUUCAUUUUACAGUGUGUGGUCAAUUUUUAGCUCACUAGCUCACCUGGCACGAAGUGCCAAGUGAGCUUAUGCCGUGGCGUGUCAUCCGUCGUC